GGGACACUCACCUCACUUUGCAACUCCGGGCGAGAAUGGGCUCCCCCUGGGGCACGGGCGGCGGAGGCUAUUCCCAGCCUUCCGCCAUGACUGCAUCCGGAAGUGCCAAGUGCAACUUCCGGGCAGGACAGGGAUUUUUGAAGCCCUAAACUGUUGUCCACCGGGGAAUUCUAAUGAGUUACUCGUUGACCAGCAACGUUUUACCAGCUGGAAUGAGUUAUCGGAAAUGGGCAUAGUACUUUUAGAUCCAACAUGUAACAGAUGGAUGUUACUCCAUGCUGAUUACUUCUUCAAGCCAACACCUUUUUGAUUGCGUAGGAUCUUUGUCUCUUCAUCCUUGAAUUCCUUUUACUGGCAAAUAGAAUUAAAAGGAGUUCAUGUAGUUUUUGUCCAAGUUUGAGUCACCAUGAGUAGUAGUUUAGGAAAAGAAAAAGACUCUAAAGAAAAAGAUCCCAAAGUCCCAUCAGCCAAGGAAAGGGAAAAGGAGGCAAAAGCCUCCGGAGGUUUUGGGAAAGAGAGCAAAGAAAAAGAAUCUAAGACCAAAGGGAAAGAUGCCAAAGAUGGAAAGAAGGACUCUAGUGCUGCCCAACCAGGUGUGGCUUUUUCAGUUGACAAUACGAUCAAACGGCCAAAUCCAGCACCUGGGACUAGAAAAAAAUCCAGCAAUGCAGAGGUGAUUAAAGAGCUCAACAAAUGCCGGGAAGAGAAUUCAAUGCGUUUGGACUUAUCCAAGAGGUCUAUACACAUAUUGCCAUCAUCAAUCAAAGAGUUGACUCAAUUAACAGAACUUUAUUUAUAUAGUAACAAAUUGCAGUCCCUCCCAGCAGAAGUAGGCUGUCUAAUAAAUCUCAUGACACUGGCUCUAAGUGAAAAUUCACUUACCAGUUUGCCUGACUCUCUUGAUAACUUGAAGAAGCUGCGGAUGCUUGAUUUACGGCAUAAUAAACUGAGAGAAAUCCCUUCAGUGGUGUACAGGCUAGAUUCUCUCACCACCCUAUACCUUCGCUUUAAUCGUAUAACUACUGUGGAAAAGGACAUCAAAAACCUGUCAAAACUCAGCAUGCUUAGCAUUCGAGAGAACAAAAUCAAACAACUACCUGCUGAAAUUGGUGAAUUAUGUAACCUCAUUACGCUGGAUGUAGCUCACAAUCAACUUGAACACCUUCCAAAGGAGAUUGGAAACUGCACACAGAUAACCAACCUUGACUUGCAGCACAAUGAACUGCUAGACCUCCCAGAUACUAUAGGAAACCUGUCCAGUUUAAGUCGUCUUGGUCUGAGAUAUAACAGACUGUCAGCAAUACCCAGAUCACUAGCAAAAUGCAGUGCACUUGAAGAAUUAAAUUUAGAGAACAAUAACAUUUCUACUCUACCAGAGAGCCUUUUGUCAAGUCUUGUGAAACUGAAUAGUUUGACCUUAGCUAGAAAUUGCUUCCAGUUAUAUCCAGUGGGUGGUCCAUCUCAGUUUUCCACCAUUUAUUCCCUCAACAUGGAACACAAUCGAAUCAAUAAAAUUCCAUUUGGAAUUUUCUCCAGAGCAAAAGUAUUAAGUAAGCUAAAUAUGAAGGACAAUCAGUUAACAUCACUUCCCUUGGAUUUUGGAACUUGGACCAGUAUGGUAGAAUUGAAUUUAGCCACUAAUCAGCUCACAAAGAUCCCUGAGGAUGUGUCUGGUCUCAUUUCUCUCGAGGUUCUAAUAUUAUCAAACAAUCUUCUAAAGAAACUUCCUCAUGGUCUUGGAAAUCUUAGGAAGUUAAGAGAGUUGGAUCUAGAGGAGAACAAAUUGGAAUCCUUGCCAAAUGAAAUUGCUUAUCUUAAGGAUUUACAGAAAUUAGUCUUGACAAACAACCAGUUGACCACUCUUCCCAGAGGCAUUGGUCACCUUACCAAUCUCACACAUCUAGGCCUUGGAGAGAACCUACUUACUCAUCUUCCUGAGGAAAUCGGUACACUGGAGAACCUAGAAGAACUGUAUUUGAAUGACAACCCCAACCUGCAUAGCCUUCCAUUUGAGCUGGCUCUCUGCAGCAAACUUUCAAUCAUGAGUAUUGAGAACUGUCCACUUAGUCACCUUCCACCUCAGAUUGUUGCUGGGGGACCUUCUUUCAUCAUUCAGUUCCUAAAGAUGCAGGGUCCAUAUCGUACCAUGGUCUGAUAACAAAUCUGCUGGUCCCACACACUGUUCAGAAAUAGACUGCCAUUAAUGCUUCAUAUCUAUAUCUGUAUCUAUUUAUGUAGAUAUUGAUAUAUAUGGCAGAUUUAUAAGAUUGCAUUAUGUGUUUCUGCUAAUAGAGGAAUCAUAGCCAUUUAGAUUUUUUUUAAUUCUGUACAAAAGGCUUAUAUAAGUUUUCUUUGCUGAAUUUGAUGAAUGUUUUUCUGUUGUAUAAUCUGAUAUGCCAGUUUGCUUAAAACAUUUGCCAACAAAUGAUGAAGUUAUUAAAUUUAAGGGACUGAGGUAGCAUAGUUAGAAAUAUUUUCUCUUAGGAAAAAUAAUGGGCAAACAAUUUUAUUGCAACUUUUCAUACACAUUUUCCCCUUAUCAAUUGUCUGAUCUUUAUAUUAUAGGCCCUGAAGAUAGAAUUUUUCUUUAACUUAUUUUGAGAUUUGAGAUUUAAAUUUUAUAUAUUGUUUACAGUCAGAGUGAAUCACUGGAUUAUUAUUAUUAUUUUGGGGGGGUGUUUUGAUUUGCUCUGUUUUAAUCAGUCAGAUCUGGAGUUUAUAUCCUCUGCUAAAGAAUUUGCAUCAGCUGGUUUAAAUAUUAAAAGAUAUUUGCUGGUUGAAACAACUGGCAAAGUGAAAAGAUGCAUCAAAAAUCUAGAAUUUCUUUGUGUUCUCUGAGUUGUGAAGCAAAAUAUCUGAAGUGACAUUGGGUAGGGGGAGGGUAUUGAAACCUUUUCUAGUAUAAAUAUCUUAAGUUCAGGGGAAGAGAAACUUGUAGUGUAAAAAGAGUUUUUUUCAUUUCUGAAAGUUGCAGAUCCAUAAAAACUAAUAGAAUAAUUUGGCAAAUAAAUAAAUUACAUAUAGACACACACAUUCUAUAUAUGUAUAUACAAUGCUAUAUAGAUAUGUAUUUAUUAUAUCAUAAACUACAGUAGGUAACUUUAAGAAUUUCUUCCUAUCCUUGUACAAUGACAUGAAUGUCUUUGAAAACUGCAAUAUAUGUACUUUCAAGGUUAUUUAACAGUGUACUAUGGUUUUAUAUCUUGACUUGCCUUGUACAUCUUUCAAUUCUGGAAUAGCUGUGUCUAAGCACAAUAUCUUCACACUGUGCUGUAUUGCUGCUGAACUAAAUGCACUUUUCCCCACAUGUGGGGCACUGGCUUCAAACAAUUCAGUUCAGUACCAUUACUUUUAAUCUCACCUUAUCUUUCUUGAUAGUUAAUACAGUUAUGGAAAAGAUGCACAUUGCAUAGAAGCCAUUGAUAGUUCAGUGGAAGUUCUAUAAGAUGUGCAUGUGCUGUUUGAUAUAUUUUCUUUUGCUUUACUGCUUUUAAGACUAGCAGUAUUGUAAAUGUGUGCCCCUUACACGAUACUGUUAGUUUGGUAGUGUUGGUCUGUCAUUGUAAUUAUUUAGAAGACUCACAGAGCUAAGUGCAUUCUAGAUAUCCUAAAAAACACUUCCCAUAUAAUGAAUAACUAUUAGUAUAAUUACAUAUUGCUGCUUGUUUUUUUCCCCAUUUAGUUGGGCAUUGUGUUUUAAACAGAACCAUUUUUGAAAUAAGGCUGUGAUAUUAAGAAAUUUGGACUAUCGUUUUGCUUUUCCUGGCACUCAAAUUCAGGACUGGGUUUGGGGUCAAACAUGUUUGUAAUUGGAAGUUUUAUAAGGAUGAACUGAGAAAUGGAAGGCAGGUGAAGAUAUAAAACCCUAGAAUGCUUAAAUGUGCUGUAAAACUAUUGUAGAUGUCACUGGAUUUUACCAAGUAAUAUCCUUUCUUCUUUUUUCCGUCUACUGUGGCUUUUCAGUUAAAAUUUUGUUUAUAAAAGGAAUUUGUUUAUUAUAGCUCUACCUAGAGCUUGUGUGUAUGUGUGGUUUUUUAAAAAUCUCGUAUCUAGGUGUGUUCAUAUAUUAAGAUGAUGGAACUUGAACUUUAAAAGUAGUUACCUAAUGUCUUUUCUUGAAAAAAUAUGGUUAUUGUUUCGUAAAAUGAAAAUAUAGUUUUCAAAGCAUUUUGGUUUUCCUACCUUUAUUUAUGUUAAUCUAUAACACCAGUGCAAAAUGAUCACAAUCUUACCUGUAGACAUGAUGCUACAUGUAAAUAAUAUAUAGCUAAGGAGUUAUAAAAAAUUUUUAAGGAGCAUCAAACAUUUGUCCUCUGUAUAGCUGCCACCUUGUUAGAGCCCAUGAAUUUCAUCUUUACUUCUGACAAGAGACUAGGAUGGAUUCUAAUUAGGAUAUCCUUGUGAAAUCAAGAUAUUUAAUAUUUAAAUAGUUUUAAUAUAAUAGGGGAUGUUAUUGAAUGACCGCAUAUGACCUAACAAUUUUUCUUCCUCAAACUGCAAUGGGACUAAGUGGCAUAUCCAAAAAUUUUCUUUUCUUUUAAAGAAAUUAUGUUUAGUCUCUCCCUGCGGCUCAGUAAAUAAAACAAGAGUAUAAAACAAGACUUUCAUGUUGCAAAAACAUUGCUUUAAACUUUGCUUUUUGUUAAUAUGUAGCAGCAAAAUGGCAAUGGUAAUGGCAUUCAAACCGUUCUUUUGUGGGAAUUUAAUACUUUUUAAAUCCCAAAUGAUUAUUUUAUACAGAAAGAAGGAGGAGAUGCUAAACAAUUUAUGGACUUGGUGGAUACAAAUGAAAACAGUAGAUGAUAAAAACUCUUGGGAAAAUACACAUGUAUUUGUACUUACAUUAAAAGGUGGGUGAUACAAUUGGAAUGAGCUCAGAGAAUGUAAUUGCAAAUUUCUAAUUUAUCUCAUUAUAUAGCCUAAAUCGUUUAAAGCAGAAAAACUGUUCUACAUCACAAUUCAUCUAGUUUUUCUGUGACAGCUUUUAUUAAACCUUUUGCUUUUUAUCUGAGUUAUUUUUAAGCCAUGUAUAUUGAGUCCAAGUUCAGCUUGCAGAAUUUAUAAUUGUUUUAUUAAUAAAAUUGGGUAUUAAUUAAGUGUAUAGAAUGGACACUUUUGAAAUGGAAUGGGGGCACUAUCAGUAGUUAUGUUAGGCUGACAGCCAUACAUCAGAACUGUCUCAAACAAAUCAAGAUAUAUGGUCACUUUUAAAUGAUUAAAAUUAGAUGAAAAGCAAAUGGCAUAAUCCAGAAUAAACAGUAGAAGAACAAAUUUCUGAAAUCUAUCAAAUUUAACAGAAAUGAAUAACUUGUGAGGAGAGGUUUCCUGCCUGUACAAGAGGUUAAGAUAAUGUACUAAAUAUCCUAGGUAAAAUUUUUCUCUUGCUUUGUUCUUUUGGUCACUUUAGCCUUUAUGAAUCAAUUGGGCAAUUCAAAAAAGCAUGACAAUCUCUAAUCUCAGAGAAUUUGGAUAUGCAAGAGUUGUGACAUUGACUGGGUAUCUAAGGGACUUACCUUGAACAUUGUUAUGUUAUGAAAAUAUGAGACUAUUUUGUAAAAUAGAUAUUAGUACUUUGUUAUUGAAUAGAAUGUCUUCUGGUAAACCUAAUUCUGAGGAAACAUUUCCAGGUUUAUUUAACUUUGAAAAAUAAGUUAAAAAAUAAAUAAGGGUUUUUUCUUUUUAAU